GACUAUGAGAAGUGUUCUGAAUCUAGUCAGUGAUGAUCUACAGAUCAUUAGCACCACUUGCUUCAUCCCGCAGGUAUAGACAGUAGUCCUGAAAUACAGCAUGAAAACACACUUGCACGUUGGUACACACGUAUCAGGGAGCCUGCUGAUCCUAGUUUAUGUAUGACUAGGAAGAAAAACAUUUGAACUCUGUAAUGUCAUUCCAGUAACAUUCAGUAGAUGGCAGAAAAGAGCCCUUUUUUCCCCUCUGGUACUUACUAGGAUUACCAAUUUAAAAAAUGUUCAAGGAAGUGCUUGAAUUUUCUGCAGACUAGCAAACAGAAGCCACGGCGGGUUGUCUUGCUCUUUAUGAAUGCCAAUGAAAAGCUACAAGAUCUCUUCUCUAAUAGAAGAAAUAAGAAGUCAGGAUGGCUAAGGCAUGGUGGGACACCUCUACUACGGGGGUUCCGAGUCCGGCAGUUUGAUUGGGGAGAUCCCAAAAGUAACUUUGUCUGAGGUGUUCCCAGACCAGAUUAACCUGAUGAGCCGCAGCACCAGCCCCAAGCCCAGGACCUGCAUCAAGAUAUUCUGAAGAACAGCAACCACCUUUAGGAAUGUCUAGUGUUACAAAAUGACUGAAAAUAUUUCAAGCAUCUUCCAUUUUGCCAUCAUUGUCAUACUAAUUGAGGUCAGAAUUCAGUUAUCUGAUGGAAGUGAAUUUUUUGUUAACAGGUCAAAAACAGGCCUGUUCCAUUUCCCCAAAGAUCUAUCCCUGAAAACCACAGUAUUAGAUAUAUCACAAAACUCUCUAUCUGAGCUUCAGACAUCAAAUGUCCUGCCACUUACGAAGCUGAGGAUUUUGAUCAUCUCUCAUAACAGAAUCCAGUAUCUUGAUUUUAGUGUUUUCAAAUACAACCAGGAGCUGGAACACUUGGAUAUGUCCCACAACGAGCUGCGGAAGAUUUCUUGCCACCCAAUUGUGAACUUCCAGUACUUAGACCUCUCAUUUAACCCAUUUGAUGCUCUGCCCAUAUGCAAAGAAUUUGGCAACAUGUCUCAGCUAAAAUUUCUGGGCUUAAGUGCAACACGGUUACAAAAAUCUAGUGUGCAGCCAAUUGCUCAUUUGAAUAUCAGUAAGGUUUUGCUGGUCUUGGAAGACCAGUAUAUGGAAGAAGAGCCUGAGGUGCUUCGAGACGUUCACACAGAGAGUCUGCAUAUUAUUUUCCCCCCCAGAAUGGAAUUCUGCUUUGCUUUGGAUGUGUCAGUCAACAUGGCAGUGAGUUUAGAAUUGUCUAACAUCAACUGUGGGCCAGAUGACAAUGGAUAUUCCAAUUUCUCAAAUGUUUUGUCAAAACUUCACAAGAAUCCAAGAUUAUCAAAUUUCACCUUAAACAACAUUGAAAUGACUUGGACAUCUUUUAUAAGGAUCCUGCAGUUGGUUUGGCCUUCGAACAUACAGUACUUCUCCAUUUCAAAUGUGAAACUAUGGAGUCAGCCGAGUUGUGAAGAAUUUAAUUAUUCUAACACUUCCAUAAAGACCUUGUCUAUACACCAACUUGUUAGUUAUGUGUUCAGUCUUCGACAAGAUUGCAUCUACAAAAUACUGUCAAAUAUGAAUAUCCAACAUCUCUCAGUGUCGGGUACACAUAUGAUCCACAUGCUCUGUCCACUCCAAAUUAGCCCAUUUUUGCACUUGGAUUUUUCCAACAAUCUCUUGACAGACAAGGUUUUUGAAGACUGUGGAAACUUAACUGAAUUAAAGACAUUUAACUUACAGAAGAAUCAAUUAAAAGAUUUUGCAAGUUUAAUUCAUAUGACCAAAAAGAUGAAGUCUCUACAACAAUUGGAUGCUAGCCAAAAUUUACUAAGAAAUAAUGAACAUGAAGGAGAUUGCUCUUGGACUGAAAGUUUAUUAACUUUAAAUUUGUCUUCAAAUGCACUUACUGACUCUGUUUUCAGAUGUUUGCCCCUCAAGGUCAAGGUACUUGAUCUGCACAAUAACCGAUUAACAACCAUUCCCAAAGAUAUCACCCACCUGGAAUCUUUGCAAGAGCUCAACGUAGCUUUCAACUCCUUGGUGGAUCUUCCUGGAUGUGGCACCUUCAGCAGCCUCUCCGUGCUGAUCAUUGAACAUAAUUCAGUGUCCCACCCAUCCGCUCAGUUCUUCCAGAGCUGCCAGCAGAUUACGUCCAUCAAAGCAGGAAGCAAUCCAUUCCUCUGUACAUGCGAGCUCAGAGACUUCAUCAAAAGCCUAGGCCAGCUGUCGAGUGAGGUGGUAGAAGGCUGGCCUGAUUCAUACAAGUGUGCCUAUCCAGAAGGCUAUAAAGGAAUCCUACUCAGGGACUUCCACUUGUCUGAAUUAUCCUGCAGCCCAGCUCUUCUGAUGGCGACCAUUGGGGCCACCUUGCUAUUGGUGGUUGCUUCUGUAACUUUCUUUUGCAUUCGUUUGGAUGUGCCCUGGUAUCUGAGGAUGGUGUGUCAAUGGACCCAGGCCCGGUACAGAGCAAGGCACUUCCCAUUAGAGGAGCUCCAAAGAGCUCUUGAGUUCCAUGCUUUUAUUUCGUACAGUGGGCAUGAUUCUGCCUGGGUGAAGAAUGAGUUAGUACCCAACCUAGAAAAAGCAGGUCUCCGACUUUGUCUUCAUGAAAGAAACUUUGUUCCUGGCAAGAGCAUUGUGGAGAACAUCGUAAACUGCAUUGAGAAGAGUUACAAGUCCAUCUUUGUUUUGUCUCCCCACUUUGUCCAGAGUGAGUGGUGCCACUACGAACUCUACUUUGCCCACCACAAUCUCUUCCAUGAUGGAACCAGUAACUUAAUUCUGAUCUUGCUGGAACCCAUCCCACAGUACUCCAUACCUAACAGCUAUCACAAGCUCAAAAGUCUCAUGGCACGGAGGACCUACUUGGAAUGGCCAAAGGAGAAGACAAAACAUGUUUUUUUCUGGGCAAACCUGAGAGCAGUUAUUAAUGUUAAGUUGACUGAGCAAACAAAAGAAACAGAUCAAUAGACUCACACACAAAAUUAAGAAUAAUUACUCUCGUCGGCAUUGCUGUUUCUGAGAUUUCCACCCAUGCCUUCAUUUUGUAUCACGGCAUAGGCAAGCACGAUUUGGAGUUUACAAUGCAGAUAAGAACGUGGUGAUAAAAGUUCAUGACAUGAUAUCAUUGCAACCUAAAUAAUUCAUUUCCAACUUAGGGAGCAUCCACCUGUUUCUUUGCUAUCACAAAGUUCACUUGACUUACCAUGAAAUCAAGAAUUUCCUGUGUCUGUCUUCAGUGAUGUAACCCUGGAUGCUGGGGUCCAUCUUAGAAACUCCGUGACUUUCAUGCUGGUAGCUGGUGUGUUGCAUAUUUCUAUUGCAGUUGGUACUGUUUUGUUACGCUUGGUUUUUGCCUCUACACGCUGAAGGUUGCUCAUUGCUACCAUUAGAAAGAUUCAAUGUCCAAAGGGUUUUCUUGCUGACCAUAGGGGCCAGAGAGUGACAGCUGCCCUUGGGAAUGACCUUCAAAGCUGUGUCAGAAAGAGAACUGAAUUAACACCCCAAUGUUGUCACUCACUUUUAAGAUAAAUCUGGAGUAUACUUUUUCAUUGCUACUGAGUUCCCUAAUAGGACACAGUUUUGGUUGUCUACAGUAGAAAUGCCUUGAUAAAUUACUAUUUCUUUUCUGCUUUCCUAUUUUUUUCUCCUUCACUCAUUCUUUCUCAGGUGUAUCUGGGAUCUUUUUAAAAAUAAAAUAGUUGCAUUUGAUAACUUGUCUCAUGGUCUGCCUGUGGAGCAUUCUGACCAGGUGUGUGUUCCACCUGAGUUCAAGGGGAAAUUCUGAGUUCAAAUUUCCAUAGCUGGAGAACUUGCCGACACUCCAGGUGUAUGACUGGACAUGACAAGAAUCUUAGCUCUUUCAUGUCACAUCCACCCCCCCACAAUUAAGUUCCCUUCUUGCUGGGAUGUUCUAUAGUAAAAGUCAAUAUUAAUAAAAUGAAAAGUUGAGAAUAUGAAAUUAUAUGUAUGAUAUGGGUUCAGCUAUGUGCA